AAGCAGUGAUCAGAGAAAAAUCGCUGCUACGACUGAGAAAAGAGACAGAAGAGAAAUCUAUUUCGACAUUCGAACACAAUCCCAGCAAGACGCCAGUAUACGUUUGGAUUUCUGUUCGUAGAAAUAUCACGGGCGUUAGCUGUUUGCCAAAAUUACGACCCUAGCUGUUAGAAAAACGUAUCGCACUUAUUGGAAGGCUAUAUCUCCAGCUAGCUAACUAGCCAUAGAGCUAGUUUAGCUAGCAAACGUAGCUAGCAUCUGAGUCGGCUUCAAACUGUUUCUAAACAACGUAAGUUAAUGGUUACCUUUUACCAACGUUUUUACAUGUAUAUUUAUCUGCAAUUUAUCCAGAGUCAUAUGUUGGCGUGUUUGUUUGCUUGGUUAACGUUACAUAUGCACUCGGCGUUUAACAAUUGAAUUGUCGAACACUAGCUAACGUUAGUUAUCAGAUUAGCCCAAAAGUCGGCGUUCAGGCUAACUAACUAAACUAAAGUGUUGGCAGCUAACUAGCUAAUGUUCGCUAACUAUGUUAGUUAACUAGUUACCAGUAAACCAAACACGACGGUCGUGUAAUUUGGCUAGAUAAUUGUCAGCCGUUCAUCGAAUAUUUGACGCCGGUCGUGUAAAUUGGCAUGAACAUAUGCAUUAGCUACAUCUGCCAACUCAGUUUUUGCCAAAUAGCUAGUUAACUACGCAAGUAUGCUAACUAAUUUAGCUACGUCCAGUAGAUUGGCAUUUUGGCAACUUUCAAUUAGCUAACUAAUGGUGGCCAGUUUCCUAGCAUGCUAACGGUAGCCAAUUUAGCUAGUUAAUUGGCUACUUAAUUGCUAGUCGUUAGUUUGCCUGUGCCGCUCAGGUAUGCAUGACAUGUUGCCAGGCCAGCUUCCUUUGGAAAAUGGGUUAAAUCGGAUUUUAUCACCAGGGCACGUCGAAGCGCUCGCGCUAAUCUCGUUCAUAUACCACGGUGCUUAAUGUGUUAGGAAAUGUAUAGUUUUUUCGACUGUAAUGUUAGUUGGCUAGUAAAAGAGGCUUGAUCUUGGCUUGUGGCAUUUUACUAUUUUGUCGAUAUUACUACACAAACUACAUUUAAAAGUAUGCCAAAAUUGUUUGAAUAUCAGUCUUGGCACAUACCUUAUCAGUAGUGUCUUCCUGACCAAUAUAGAAUUAACUUUUAGGUUUAUGAAUUGUAAUUACUUUUGGUAGGUAGUCCUGUGAGGGUUAUGUCAUAACAGUAUGUCGUUUUUCAGCAGGUCAACUACUAGAGUCUUAGAAGCUAUACAUUGGUUUAGCCCCCUAAAAGAGUCAUGGAAAAGGAUGCUUGUGUAGAGGGGCAGGAGAAUGGUGACACAGUGGUGGUGAAAGACCAGGUGGUCAAGGAAUCAACAGGACCAUCCCCUUACAGAUACACCAAGGUAAUUUGGAGACAUGGCUAGUAUAAGUCAAUAGAUGCGCAAGUUUGUGGAUUGCUUCCUGGAUUUAGGUUCCAUAAUUUGUUCUUCUUACAGGAGGAGCUUUUGGAGAUAAAAGAUUUCCCAAUCUCUUAUGAAAGGCCAGACUGUCUUUCUGAAAAAUAUGACAGGUGAGUGUUUUGCAUUGUCACACUUUACUACAAAGCUUAUAGUCCUAGCCAAUCAUGGUGGUUCUAUGCUAACUGUUGAGUUGGUCCCUCUGGUUUGGUCUGAUUUUCGGUCCACAGUGAUGGUGUUUGGGACCCCGAGAAGUGGCAUGCCUCGUUGUACCCCACCUCAGAGUGCAGCUCUCCUGUGGAUGGAUAUAAGAAGGACUUUGUGGAUGAUAGGGUCCCUCUAAAACGUAGAAUUGCAGGUAAAUAAAUAAUGUAGUAUAUUGUUUUCGUAGCUGAUAUUCAAAUGCCAGUGGCAUACAUUUCAAAUCGUCUAUUACAUAUUCAAUAAGUGUUGAGGGGUUUUGAACUCAAAUUCAUUCGGCUGCCCUUAGAAGCGCCACAUUGCUUACACUUACUCUGCUUUGUAAAAUGAAGCAUUAUAGUAAAUGUUGAAUGCCAACUAUGUUUGUGCCUUGUGAUGCUGUCGUCAGAUCCCCGCGAGCGACUAAAGGAGGAUGACCUGGAUGUGGUGCUCAGCCCCCAACGUCGUAGCUUUGGAGGGGGGUGCGUAGGCAAUGCUUUGCCUGCACCCACCCGCCGCCCCGUCAGCCCUCUGGAGAAUAAGGAGAACGAGAGUCUCCGGCUGGGUGGGCCGCGGCGCAUCGGCAGCGGCCGCAUCAUGGCGGCGCGAGGCUUUGAGAGGGAACCCCGCAUGGAGAAGGAACGGGACUUCAAGGAUAAGAGGUUCAGGGUUAGUAUGUCUGCUGCUUCCUGAUCUGCAUUCAGUUGAAACUAUGUAUCCCUUUAGGGCUAUUCUCUGUAUGUACCGACCCACAAAAUAGCUAUUUAUUGUGCCUCAAGGGGUAAUCAAUCUAAAUGACAAUCAGGAGCUGUGUACAAUCCAUUCUUUCCUUUAAAGCUGCAAUAUGUAACCUGACCAAAUUCACAGAAAUGUUUAGUUAUAGAUUUGUCAUUCUCAUUGAAAGCAAGUCUAAGACUCCCUUUUUUUUUUUUUUAAAGGUGGGGGGAAGAAAGCGGUAGAUCUUUUUCUGUGCACUUUCUGUUUCCUGUUCUGAAGUUUAUUUUCUGUGCAUUUUACUUUCGUUUUUGCACACCAGCUGAAAAUACAAUAUUUUUUUGUUUAUUGAUAUUUCACAGCGGUUUAGAUGGUGCAAUGGUUCUCAACACUAUACGUUUCUUGUUUUGUCACAAACGUAAAUUAGGCGAACAAUUUGGAAUUUAAGCAAAAAGGAAAUGGCAUAUUGCACCUUUUUUAAAUAAACUCAGCAAGAAAAGAAACGUCCUCUCACUGUCAACUGUUUAUUUUCAGCAAACUUAAAAUGUGUAACAGAGGUUAAAGUGAACAAGUUCCACAGACAUGUGACUAACAGAAAUGGAAUAAUGUGUCCCUGAACAAGGGGGGGGUCAAAAUCAAAAGUAACAGUCAGUAUCUGGUGUGCCACCAGCUGCAUUAAGUACUGCAGUGCAUCUCCUCCUCAUGGACCGUACCAGAUUUGCCAGUUCUUGCUGUGAUAUGUUACCCCACUCUUCCACCAAGGCACCUGCAAGUUCCCAGACAUUUCUGGGGGGAAUGGCCCUAGCCCUCAACCUCCGAUCCAACAGGUCCCAGACGUGCUCAAUGGGAUUGAGAUCCAGGCUCUGCGCUGGCCAUGGCAGAACACUGACAUUCCUGUCUUGCAGGAAAUCACGCACAGAACGAGCAGUAUGGCUGUUGGCAUUGUCAUGCUGGAGGGUCAUGUCAGGAUGAGCCUGCAGGAAGGGUACCACAUGAGGGAGGAGGGUGUCUUCCCUGUAACGCACAGCGUUGAUUGCCUGCAAUGACAACAAUCUCAGUCUGAUGAUGCUGUGACACACCGCCCCAGACCAUGACGGACCCUCCAGAUCGAUCCCGCUCCAGAGUACAGGCCUCUGUGUAACGCUCAUUCCUUCGAUAAACAAGAAUCCGACCAUCACCCCUGGUGAAACAAAACCACGACUCGUCAGUGAAGAGCAAUUUUUGCCAGUCCUGUUUGGUCCAGCGAUGGUGGGUUUGUGCCCAUAGGCAACGUUGUUGCCGGUGAUGUCUGGUGAGGACCUGCCUUACAACAGGCCUACAAGCCCUCAGCCUCUUGUGGACAGUCUGAGCACUGAUGAAGUGAUUGUGCGUUCCUGGUGUAACUCGGGCAGUUGUUGUUGCCAUCCUGUACCUGUCCCUCAGGUGUGAUGUACCGAUCCUGUGCAAGUGUUGUUACACGUGGUCUGCCACUGCGAGGACGAUCAGCUGUCCGUCCUGUCUCCCUGUAGCGCUGUCUUAGGCGUCUCACAGUACAGACAUUGCAAUUUAUUGCCCUGGCCACAUCUGCAGUCCUCAUGCCUCCUUGCAGCAUGCCUAAGGCACGUUCACGCAGAUGAACAGGGACCCUGGGAAUCUUUCUUUUGGUGUUUUUCAGAGUCAGUAGAAAGGCCUCUUUAGUGUCCUAAGUUUUUUCAUAACUGUGACCUUAAUUACCUACCGUCUGAAAGCUGUUAGUGUCUUAACGACUGUUCCACAGGUGCAUGCUCAUUAAUUGUUUAUGGUUCAUUGAACAAGCAUGGGAAACAGUGUUUAAACCCUUUACAAUGAAGAUCUGUGAAGUUAUUAGGAUUUUUACAAAUUAUCUUUGAAAGACAGGGUCCUGUAAAAGGGACGUUUCUAUAUCCCAUGGUAUUUAGCACCAUGUUAGAUUCAAUGUAUACCAGUGACUCAAUUAUUUUUUUUCUUCCCUGCAGCGAGACUUUGGGGACAAGCGUGUGUUCAGUGAGAGGAGAAGGAAUGACACAGAGGAGGAGCCGGAGUGGUUCUCAGGGGGCCCAACCAGCCAAUCAGAGACUAUAGAGCUCAUUGGCUUUGACGACAAGAUCCUGGAGGAGGACAAGCGCAGACCUAAACGGUCCAGGAAGAGGACUGACUCUGUGAGAGAAGGCAUGUUAUGCUGGGUUCUUCAUACUUUAUCAUGGGGGUUGAGAUGGUCCCCCAAAAGUGUCCCAUUGGCUUUGCAGUGUUAUGGAUGCAAUGCAGAGUACUGCGAUGUUCUCUUCUCUUGGGGCCGGUUCAGGCUUGAUAUAACAUGGACUUGUCUAUAAAACUUGGACUUAAGUAAAAAAAAAAAAAAAAACAUUUGACUGAAGUCUGUUAAAGACAUGCGCCGGUACUUUGACUAGUGUUUUUUUUUUUUUUUUUACCUCACACUUUGGGCUGGAUGUGUGAAUGUGUAGGUCAUUCAUAAUUUAUUAGCUGAAUUACGGUCUUACCUCAAUUAGCCACGAAAUCCAUAGUUUUAAAGCGACUUUACUGGAAGCUGUGCAGCGCCAUUUUCACUCGUGGGUGCUACUUUCAGAACUACUGGCUAAAAAGCAUACAAAAGAACUUAGAUAUUCUCCGGUACAUUUAUCUCAAGUCUGAAUAGGCCCCUUUAUGAAUAGUGGUGUAUUUAUUUUCUAAUUAUGACCACAAUGAAGUGAAGGUCAAUGUUUGUGGGUAAUGAGCAUAGUGUUCUUUUAUAAUGUACAGGUAUGUCCUAAAUGUGAUUGAUUUGUUUUAAUGUUUAUUUUAUUUUUCUCCAGACACCAAAUGUUCAGUGGAGUAUUUGCUGUGUGUAACUACUGUAUGCCAUUGGAUUGUUUACGGAAACAAGCUACCCUGAAUGUCUAUUUGCACUCUGUUUAUUGCAGUGGAAUGUAAUGGUGGGCUUGUGGAGGAGCCAGAGCAGGUGGAAAAAGAGUCUCACUCUACAGCAGACCAGGAGGUCCCACACCCAGCGGUCCUCCCAGAGCAGACUUCUGGAGACUUUGACUUCAAUGAGUUCUUCAAUCUGGAGAAGACCAUGCCAGGACUGGCCUCUGUAAGUCCUGGGGAGCACUGCAUGUUUAAGGUGUGUUUGGGUGCUAUAAGUUGUGCACUAUAGGCUAAUGUCCACAAUAAUGUGUUGCUAGUCGACUCUAAAUGCUCCACACAUUGGGUUGUAGUUGGCUAGACAUGGUCCUAGUUUUAAAUUUAAAGUGUAGGUUAAAGGGAUAGUUAACCCAAAUUACACUUGUUUCCUUACCCUGUAAGCAGUCUAUGGACCAGGUAUGACUGCAAUCAUGCUUUAGUUUCCAUGUUUUAGCAUUUGUUGCACAAAUCCCAUCAAGUCAUGGGACCUACAUUAGCAUUCUUUGUGCGUAAUGUCCAAAUCAUCUGACCGUAUCUAAAAUUGAUUGUGAAGCGCAACAAAGUAUAUUUUUUUUGAACGUCAUGCACAAAAAUGCUACUAUUUAUCCCAUGACCUGAAUGGGAUUUGUGCCACAAAUGCUAAAACGGUGCCAGGGAAACCAAAUCUAAGCAUGGACUGCUGUCAUACCGUGUCCACAAAAUGCUUACAGGGUGAGGAAACAAUGUAAUUUGUGUGAACUAUCCCUAUAACCUACACUAGAGGAUAGUUGUUCCAAGGUUUUAUCACUUGGUACUGUCUUUCUCCUGUUUGGGUGGUGGUGGUGGUAGCGGCGGUAUUGUCACCCUUGCCAGGACAUUGUUCUUUCUAAGGUUUUCUUGCUGUAUUGUCAUUUUCCAGUUAAAGGUUGUCGUAAGGGAACAGGUUUCACCUCCAGUAGGGUGGUUUUGUUAGGUUUCAGUCAAUGCAAAUUUAUGCCCAUCCGUUCCAGUUUAUUCAGCACUUAUUAAGAUCCCUUGCAAAUGAUUAGCGAAGGAAUCUAUAAAAAUAAGGAAAUCAGCUAUGGGAUAGGGAAAUAAAGUACAGAUUCAAUGAAUGAAUGGUACAAUACCGUCAAAAAGCACGGACAAAAUGCAUCCCAAAAAAAGCCCAAAGGUGUGCAGAUGGACAGCGCCGUAAACGUAAGUGCCACCUUUGCUCACACCUACCCUUUAGCAGUCUGCCACUCUGGGCCAGCAGCUUGCCUCUGACUGGCCUCUGGCUCUGUGUUGCAGAUGAUAGAGGAUGUUCUGGGGGAGGGCCCUGUUUCGGCCAGCCGUUUCAGCCGGUGGUUCUCCAGUAACCUGAGUCCGUCAGGCAGCCGCUCCUCCAGCCUGCGCUCCACCCCCCACGAGGAGCUGGAGAGACUGGCUGGUAAGAGGGCUGCUUCGGAAAUAAGUGUUUUGAUUAAUACUAAUGUGUUGCCCUCAAGGAUCAAACAGUCCCUCCAGGACUUUGCAGGGAUGUUUUGUGAUAUCUGCAGGCAAAAAUGCUUGAUUUUAUUGCAGCAAUUCUACUGUUUUGCAUGGCAAUACAGUGAGGGGAAAAAAGUAUCUGAUCCCCUGCUGAUUUUGUACGUUUGCCCACUGACAAAGACAUGAUCAGUCUAUAAUUUUAAUGAUAGGUUUAUUUGAACAGUGAGACAGAAUAACAACAAAAAUCCAGAAAAACGCAUGUCAAAAAUGUUAUAAAUUGAUUUACAUUUUAAUGAGGGAAAUAAGUAUUUGACCCCUCUGCAAAACAUGACUUAGUACCUUGUGGCAAAACCCUUGUUGGCAAUCACAGAGGUCAGACAUUUCUUGUAGUUGGCCACCAGGUUUGCACACAUCUCAGGAGGGAUUUUGUCCCACUCCUCUUUGCAGAUCUUCUCCAAGUCAUUAAGGUUUCGAGGCUGACGUUUGGCAACUCGAACCUUCAGCUCUCUCCACAUAUUUUCUAUGGGAUUAAGGUCUGGAGACUGGCUAGGCCACUCCAGGACCUUAAUGUGUGUCUUCUUGAGCCACUCCUUUGUUGCCUUGGCCGUGUGUUUUGGGUCAUUGUCAUGCUGGAACACCCAUCCACGACCCAUUUUCAAUGCCCUGGCUGAGGGAAGGAGGUUCUCACCCAAGAUUUGAUGGUACAUGGCCCCGUCCAUCGUCCCUUUGAUGUGGUGAAGUUGUCCUGUUCCCUUAGCAGAAAAACACCCCCAAAGCAUAAUGUUUCCACCUCCAUGGUUGACGGUGGGGAUGGUGUUCUUGGGGUCAUAGGCAGCAUUCCUCCUCCUCCAAACACGGCGAGUUGAUGCCAAAGAGCUCCAUUUUGGUCUCAUCUGACCACAACACUUUCACUCAUUUCUCCUCUGAAUCAUUCAGAUGUUAAUUGGCAAACUUCAGACGGCCCUGUAUAUGUGCUUUCUUGAGCAGGGGGACCUUGUAGCCCAUUCCAGCCUUGUGUAGGUCUACAAUCUUGUCCCUGACAUCCUUGGCGAGCUCUUUGGUCUUGGCCAUGGUGGAGAGUUUGGAAUCUGAUUGAUUGCUUCUGUGGACAGGUCUUUUUAUUCAGGUAACAAACUGAGAUUAGGAGCACUCCCUUUAAGAGUGUGCUCCUAAUCUCAGCUUGUUACCUGUAUAAAAGACACCUGGGAGCCAGAAAUCUUUCUGAUUGAGAGGGGAUCAAAUACUUAUUUCCCUCAUUUUAAAAUGCUAAUCAAUUUAUAACAUUUUUGACAUGCGUUUUUCUGGAUUUUGUUGUUAUUCUGUCUCUCACUGUUCAAAUAAACCUACCAUUAAAAUUAUAGACUGAUCAUUUCUUUGUCAGUGGGCAAAUGUAAAAUAUCAGCAGGGGAUCAAAUAAUGUGUUUUUGUCCAAUUUGUCUGGAAAAUGCACUGACGAGGGAAGAGUUUGCCGUGUGGCUUGAUUUAACCAUAUUAUGCGGUAAAUGUGCAGUGAUUGGUUGACAUUGAAUGCCCUCUUUGGUACUGCCAUGAUGGGUCUGUUUUUUAAAUGAGAAUACUGUGACAAUUUGACUUUUAUGCAGAAAAAGUGCAGUGAUUGGCGUAAUUGUUGAUUUUACAAGAAAUUGCACUCACGGAAUCCUGACGGGACUGCUGAAAUACACGUUAUCGUAUGUUUAAAAAAAAAAAAGUGUAUCCCAACAUGGAUUUCAAGUAAGGGACAUGCAUAUUGGUACAGAGAUUGCUGCGCAACAUCUGGAACUCAUCCGCACAAACACAAACCCUCUAUGGCCUCCUUUUAGUUAAGAUGCCUUCUGUUCAAAAGUAUUAGAAAAACAUGGCCACCCUGAAAUAAACAAAUUUUUCGUAAUUAUAAACGUAAAGCCACAAAACGUUUGUUUUGAUAUGACUGUUCAUAACUUUUUUUUAUAGCCACAAUUUCUGAAAUUACAUACAAAGCCCUCUAAGGACUACAUGAUGCCUUCUGUUUUGAUGACUGAGCACCUUUAUCUAAUGAGGAUUUCGGAAACUGUUACUUACCCUCUUUCAGGGCAGGACCCCCGCUGCACGUCCCCUAGCCAGAUGGGCCCUGUCCCCUACUUCACCCCCAUCCAGUCAGUGGAGCACCGGGACAAGGUGGACAUUCUGGAGCUGUUACACAAGGCCAAGAUAGACUUGAAGCCUCUCCUCUCCAACCUCAAUGUCAAUAAGCAACGACUACAGCAGAGCAGUGAGUAGCAAUUGUUCAUGUGACCAGUAUUUCAUUUCCAUUGGGGUCGUUUCAAUGGAGCACGCAAACGAAAACCUUUUAAUGGAAAACAGUAAUUAUUGUUUCUUAUUAAACAGGUCCAGGUAGUUCCACCAUGUUUCAGUCUGCUUUCUUCUGUUUGGUGCCUAAUGAACAAAGCCCAUGUCAUAUGGUGAAUUUGCAGUAAGACGUGUACAAUGUUUCCAGCACCUGUAAAGCCCUCGUCUUGUCCCCUAGCUAACUCUGGUGUAGUGCUCUCUCUGGAGGAGGUGGAGGGAGGCCUGAAGGGGCUAAAGGUGGGCUCUGAGCAGAACCACCAGCACCAGGCUCAUCGGAAACCCCAUCAGCACCAGAAUCUGCAUCAGGGAGGAAUCAUCAGAGGCAGCACCAGCAGUGGCACGCCCUUCAUGGCUGAGCACUUGGAGCAGUCUCUAACAGGCGGUGUAGGCCCCAGUGCAGGGCCCCCUAGGUCACAGGCCAGAGACCCUGACAUGUCAGCCUUCAACAAGCUGGUCAGCAGCAUGAAGGCAAGUGGAACUCUGCCCACCCACCCCAAAGCCAACCAAGUGAACAGCAACGUAAGUGUGUGGCUCACGGAUGUUUAAAAAGCACCGACUGUCCUGUCGGCAUGCUGCCUCUCAGGUAACGCUGGAUGUGUAAACCCUAACGGCUUUGAGCUGCAUGCUGCUUCAGGUAAACGGACCCGUGUGUGUGCUGCUGUAAGUUUGGCCUUUACAUCACAUGUAAGCGCUACAUGUAGGUUCUCAAAACCAAAUUAUGCAUGCACGCUAACAUCCUAACCAUAACUGAACUCCUAGACCAAUAGUUGUCAGGUCUGGAAAAUGAUGGGCAUAAAUUUGUAUAGUUAAGUUUGAGUUCCUCCUUCCAAAGGUUGUUCUGGAUUCACAUGAACCCCUAUGAACUAACACGUCAAUCAAAUGAUUGCAUAGAGAAGAUUUACAUUAAACCUUAACGUUAUCCUUUAUAUCAAAUUAGACUGGGUUACCCUUAUGGCCUGUGACAUUCGUGGGGUUUUGUGCCCUGGUGAAUUUGUUAGGGUCUGUCACUUUGGUUUCUGGGCAUGGAGUUAUAUCUACAUUCAGCCAUGCUCUUCUCCAUCCCAAUGGGCUUUUCAUCUCUGACCAUCAAUUGUUACAUUUUGGUUGUUCAUCUGUCAUGACCAAUAUGCUACAACGUUAGAAUUGAGUCACGUCAAAAAUAGGUUUUUAAUGUCUUAUAUAAUAAUCUCAUUUUCUAUUGGAUGACAUCUAAGUAACUUGUAUUUAAGACUUUUGACAACGUUGUACCAAUGCGAUAUCAAACAAUGUUAAUUGGUCUGAUGCAUAACAUUUAUGCAACUGAAAAUGCCCAGAGGGAUCGGUUUUGAAAGCGUGUCCACAACCAAGACUGCUGUCUGAUUGCACCUUCUUCCACCCCUGUUACAGCUCAAUCGGCCCACAGACCCUGCUAUAGUGCCCCUGCCUGAAGCCACAGUGCCUGCCCCACUGCAGAAGAACAUAUUCCAGGUGUGUGGUUUGGGGCUAGCCCGUGUUGUCAGGGUGUGUGGAACUCUUAAGUAUUUAUUGAAGCUGUUGAGUUUGAUAGGCUGUAGCGUUAAAGAAUGGCAUUCUGGUUGUGGUGCUUGUUAAGGAAUAGGGGGCUGUUGUUGAAUAGUGCUGGCGUUAUGUUGUGUGGCUCAGUUGGUGUGUGUAAUUGUUACAGGAGCUUCUGGGUGCCCAGGGCCCUCCCCGUAGCGGCUCCCCUACCCUCCACAGCGUUCUAGGCAGCACUGACAUCCCUCCACCCCCUGGGCCUGGUCUUCAACACAGCCUGCUGCAGCACAGGGGGCCCUCGCCUCCACUCUUCCUACAGAGGGCUCCUUUGCCUGACUACUUCCAUGGACGCAUGCGGCCACCCGCUGGUAAACAUUACAUCAAUGUGGUGCUCAUUUAGGGCACACUGUAGCUAUGGAAACAAAACAGGGCUCUACAGUGCGACCAUUUUCGAAUUUGUGCUUAAAAAUAAAUGUGCGAACUGAAAGUCAAGUAUGAGCAUGUGGAGGUUGUGAUUUAUAGCAAAGAAAUUACUGCCUUAGCUAUUUUCAAACUAUUUCUGCUGCUUUAUUUCAUAGCGCGUAGCUAAUCACACAGAACUAUACUGAACGAAAAUAUAAACUCAACAUGCAACAAUUACUAAGAUUUUACUGAGUUACAGUUCAUAUAAGAAAAUCAGUCUGAAAUAAAUUCAUUAGGCCCUAAUAUAUGGAUUUCACAUGACUGGGCAGGGGUGCAGCCACUGAAGAAUGACAUUUUCCCCACAAGGGCUUUAUUAGACAGAAAUACACUCCCCCCCCCCGAUGAUCCCGCAGGUGAAAAAGCCGGAUGUGGAGGUCCUGUGCUGGCGUAGUUACACGUGUUUGAGAGGCCAUUUGGACAUACUGCCAAAUUCUCUAAAACGACGUUGUAGGCAGUUUAUGGUAGAUUAAAUUAUCUGGCAACUGCUCUGGUGGACAUUCCUGCAGUCAGCAUGCCAAUUGCAUGCUCCCUGAAAACUUCAGACUUCUGUGACAAAACUGCACAUUUUUUAAAGUGGACUUUUUAUUUUCUCCAGCACAAGGUGCACCUGCGUAAUGAUCUUACUGUUUAAUCAGUUUCUUUAUGCCAUACCUGUCAGGUGGAUGGAUUAUUUUUGCAAAGGGGAAAUCCUCACUAAUAGUGAUUUCAGCUCAUGAAACAUGGGACCAACACUUUACAUACACUGACAAAAACAUAAAAUGUAGAGUUCCAUAUCCCACCUUGUGCAGCAAUGUGCACUUCUGAAAGAUUCAUUUUAAGAAGCGCACAGGCAUUAAGUUUGAAUUUACCUGAAAGUCUAUUAGUGUGACUUUAGUGUUUCUUGGCUGUUUACAUCGUUUUGUUCACACGCUAGAUUGUUUUUCAAUGUUUGACCUUGCUCAACUGCUAGGAAAGAGAAGUCACAGAAUCUAAUCUCCAGUGUUACCAACUAUUUUUCAGCGAGAAUAUUUUACCAUUAAGUCACUGGAGGGGUCUGAAAACUCACCAAAUAUAGCGACAGUCGCUAAGUUGGCAACACUGCUCAUCUCAGACAUGAGUCCCACAGUUACCACAGUAACGGCCUGCCCCUUAAAGGGACAGCUGAAUAUUUGUCUCACCUAAGUGACUCUAUUUGAGGGUACAUUGUACUUGAUUGUGCAUGGAAAACUCUAAAAAUGUUUUAUACAUGAACUUUUAGGAAUGUAUUAUCAUAAACAAUCUUCCUCAAAUACUUUCGUUGUGCUCUUAACUGUCUUUGUACUCCUAUAUUUUUCAAGUGACUGAUUUGUCUGAUUGGUCUUGUGUUUCAGGGUACCCUGUUGGUCCACAGCCCAUGAUGGGAGAGCAGUUCCCAGAUAUGCAUAGAUCCCUCAGCCCUGGACAUGGACCCACCCUACACCAGCAACAACAGGUUAGAGAUACUGUUUAUCAAAUUGCCCAAUAUUGGGACCGUAAAGCACAUCAAAUCUAGAAUUUGUGAUGGUGCAACACCCUUUGUUAGAUCUUGCGAUGUCUUGGUAACCAAACAAUUAUGGCAUGCAAACUGGAACCUGGGAUGGGGUGUCACUCAUUCCAUGGAGGGUCUGUCUGCAGGUUUUUGGUUUUUCCUUUCAAUUAAGACCUAGACAACCAGGUGAGGGGAGGUCUUUACUAAUUAGACCUUUAAUUCAUCAAUCAAGUACAACGGAGGAGCGAAAACCCGCAGACACUCGGCCCUCUGUGGAAUGAGUUUGUCACGUGGUGUAAGUGAGCUGGUGGUAGAUGACACUGCUUUCUUUGCCUCCAGAUGAGGGCGCUGUCCAUGGCUGUGGACCAGGCUGAACUUGAGGCUCUUAUCCAGCAGGACCUUGCUCUCCAUGCCCACAACGCCUUCCAGACCGGUUACAACAAACGUCCUCCGAACAAGGCCUACCAACACAACAGGUGGCUUUCACUUUUUGUCGCUUUGAAGUAGGGUUACAAUUAUACAAUUACAUUUUAGUCAUUUAGCAGAUGCUCUUAUCCAAAGCAACUUACAGUUAGUGAGUGCAUGCAUAUUUUUUUUUCAUACUGGUCCCCCGUGGGAAUCGAACCCACAACCCUGGCGUUGCAAGCGCCAUGCUCUACAAACUAGCUACACGGGACCCUUGGGGGUGCCCAAUAUAUUUCACAAUUAUGAGGGUGACAUUGUUUUGUGUCUCCUGAGUGACGCAGUGGUCUAAGGCACUGCAUCACAGUGCUAACUGUGCCACUAGAGAUCCUGGUUCGAAUCCAGGCUCUGUCACAGCCGGCCGCGACCGGGAGACUCAUGGGCGGCGCACAGUUGGCCCAGCGUUGUCCAGGGUAGGGGAGGGAAUGGCCGGCAGGGAUGUAGCUCAGUUGAUAGAGCAUGGCGUUUGCAACGCCAGGGUUGUGGGUUCGAUUCCCACGGGGGGCCAGUAUUUAAAAAAAUAUGUAUUCACUAACUGUAAGUCGCUCUGGAUAAGAGCGUCUGCUAAAUGACAAAAAUGUAAAAUGUUUUAUGGGGGGCACCUGAUUUGUUAUAGGGGUUCCCAUCCCUCCUGUAAUUCCAACGUUUUUAAGUAUACAUUUUUUAAAAAGUUUUUUUAUAUUUUUAAGUUUGGCAACCCAAAGCAUGAAAAUGUAUGCAUUUAUUUAUUGCUGGAUGUACAUUGACGUGUGUGUGUGUGUGUGUGUGUGUUAUCUGGCAACCCAGGAUGAACGGAUCCCUUGGUCCAGGCACUUAUCCUGCAGGCAGACACUCCCCUGGCAACACAGUCACCAGCAUGGUACGUCGAAAGGUUGUCUAUGUCGUAUUCAUUAGGCACCAAACGGAAGAAAACAGACUAAAACAGGGAGGGACUACCUGAACUUGUCCAAUAAGAGACACUCAUUACAUCUUCUGGUGAAAAACAUUGUGCGACCCUGUUCAAUCCCUCCACUAAUUCAAACCCAUAGUGGUUUCAGGAAAUAAGUGCUUAUUUAUUGAACUGUCUGUUCAACUCUAUUCCCUCUAUGCACAGGACAUAAAAACAUGAUUUAUUGUGACCAUAACUCUUCCUUUAAAGUGGAUGUUUCCCAACUGCUCAGAAUUUAUCAACUGUCUGGUUUAAGUUGCAUGUUAACUUUUUUUUUUAUGCCCUCCUAAGUAACGUAACUACUGAUGCUUGUGUGUUGUACAGCUGUCACCAUCUUUCGUGCCCACGUCUGUGAUCCGUAAGAUGUACGAGACGAAAGAGAAGAGUCGAGAUGAGCCAGGUAGUCGUCCAGACAGCAAGGAGGGCCACUCUCAAGAGGGUACGUUCACCAACUGCUGUGGGUUUUUUUUUUGUUGUCAAUUGAGGUUGUCAGUAAUGACAUUGUUUGGGAAAUGCAUUGAAGGCAACCUCAGGUAAAACCAGGGUUCAGACUGGUGUAUUGGGGCUCUUAUAUUUUGGGGUGUUAUUGAUUGAUUGACAAAGGCACAUUUUAAAUAACGAUAAGUAACACAUGGUAUUGAACUAGUUCUCUAGUCAGGUGGAAGAAUUCCCUCGUCUCAAUGUCUCUGAUCCUUACUUGUGUAAUGUUGGUGCUGUCUUGUCUAAUGGAGCAUUUGUGCACCUGUCUUAUAGACAGGAGCUCUCCCAGCUCUUUCCUGGAUGGGAUGGGUAAUAGUGGUUCUCAGUCGGGAGGGGUGAAAGCCUCCCAGGUUCGCCAGCACGCCAAGGACCACGAGGACCGCCCCAGGCCAGGCUCCGCCGGGCACCACACCCCCACCCUGGUGUCCCCUGGGUCGGCCUCUCCCUUCCCCUGCCCCAUCUACCCGAUACCACUGCUAUCCCACGGACAUGUGCCCAUGGUGCGCCCCCCUCCGCUCCACCCCAGCCUUGUGCAGAGGAUGCUGGUGCAGGGCAUCCAGCCACAGCAGCGAGGCCCUGCUCUGAUGCAGGCAGGUUAGUACUGGUCUACCUGUUUACAGUACCUAGCUAUUCUAAGCCAUCACUAUAGGCCACUGCAAAGGGUUUUAUAAGUGCCAAGAUGAGUUGACACAUGCCUAUAGUAUUACCAGGUGCAUGUAGAAAAACUAUAGUUGGAGUUUGUUUACAGGAUGAGUUGACCUGCAAUAUAUGGUUGAGGUGUGGGAACUGUUGAGGAGCUCACUGAAAUCUCCUUUUCCAUCCUAGGCAUAUUUCCACAGCAUGUUGACCUCGCUCAGCGUCAGAGUUUACCGCCUUCCCUGCUAGGACAACCCCUCUACCCCCUAGGGGCGACAGGACACCCCCUCUUACCUCCCCGAGCCAGCAAUCAUAUGCAGCUAGCGCUAAUGCAACAGCAACAACCGAGACCAAGUGAGUGACAUUUUCUGUUCAGUCUGUCAUUGUUAUUAUUUAACAAGUUCAACAUAGACACCUGUUUUGCAUGUGUUUUAGCUAUGUUUAUGCAUACAUGAGGGCACCACAAUCUUGGCACUAUGGAUCCCUUUUUUUAAUAACAUUAGUUUCCCAAUGUUCCUAAUGGCCUUCACUGAUGAAUUUUAUUCUCUCUCCUCCCAGUGCAUCCAACAGUCCCAGGCCACGAGUCGCAGAACCACGGCCCUCACCGGACGAGCCACUCCCAGCGACAUGGGGGUAGCCUCACUGGUGUGGGGGGAGCUGGUCUGUCCAAGUGGUUUGGCUCAGAUGUGCUGCAGCAGCCCCUUCCUUCCAUGCCUGCUAAGGUCAUAAGUGUAGAUGAACUGGAGUUUAGGCCCUGAGGAGAGUUUCAUACAACCAGAAUGCUGGAUAAAGCAAUACUUUAUUUUCCCCCUCCCUUCUCCACCUCCCCAUUAAUGAAAAAUGUGAACUUUAAUUUUCUAAGACUAAGCACAGAUCCUGGAGAAUGAAGAGUCUGUGUCCAUGUUUUGUCUUAAACCUUGAAGUCACUGGUAGAGUAUUGAAGAGACCUACACUUAAAGGGAAAGACUACGAGUUCUAUAUAUUUUCUUUUUUUGCAACAUAUUUUGUUUUGGGGUCUUUGUUUUUGUACCUUUUUUUGCAGUAAAGAUGAAGUAAAUAAUUUCUAGGCCCAAAAUUGUACAGACUAGGAAUGGAUCUGAUUCUACCUGUACAUAAAUGAAUUUUUUUUCUUGAAGGUUGUAUCUUGCUGUUUAAGUGAGAACUGCCGCAGUCAGACAUAAUUGAGCCGCGAAGAGAGGGUAGCUGCGCUUCUUUGUGUCCUGGUAGUUUUAUUCCCCCCCACAUGGAUUUGAACUGCACUGAGAAAGGGGCGACUGCAAGUUCAAUACCUAUGUUUGAUUGUGCAGUUGCCCUGAGCGUUCCCCCUCAAACGAUGUCCUCCCUACGGCUGGGUCAGUUGGUGGCACUGCCUGCCAUCUGUCUGGAGAGGAGAGGUGGCUGGAGUGUUACAGGACGCCCCAGGGGGAACAGCAAGUGCUGGUUGUGCCUUUCUCUGUGACUCUCAAUCUUUCUGUGAUUCCUUACAUCCCAUCUGCUCGCUUGCCUCCUUUUCAACAGUAUUGGAGGAGAAGGUGUAAGGUCCCUCCCGUCGGACCUUUUUCUCCAAUGUUUUUUGAGGAGAAGGCGAAGGAUGCAAGGAAUUGAGGAAAGAUUUGAGCCCACAGCUUUUUUCUUUACCGCAUCCCCCCCUCCGCCAGUCACUGGAACAGAAGCACUUCUGAAUCACGUUAUCACAUUUGGGGGUGGGUGGUAGAGAUUCGGUUUAUGGUAAUGUGCUAUUAAGUUAUGAAAGCACAGAAUAAAUAAAAUGUUCAAUAAAAAAAUUAAUCAC